CAAGGGCCCUGGUGCACCUGCAGAAGCCCGGGUCCUCGCAGGUGGUGCCACCGCGCGACUGUCUGGCGCGACCGUGACGUCAACCGAGCGCAGGCGGCGAUUGGUUAGCAAUAUGUGGCGUGGACAGGCGCUGGCGUGGGCCAUUGGGCGCGCUACCAGGGGGCGGGACUUGGGGGCGGUGCGCGCCGCGCAUGGCGCUCAAAUGGGGCGCGCGCCCAAGGCCUCCAGAGUUCUGUGUUUGAGGUUGGAGAACUCACGCCUCGGGGCGGCGCGGGAGCUACACGGUGGAGCGAGGUGGCUGAGGGCCAGUACUCUUGGCCAGAUCAGACAUUUUGUAACGAUGCCAGAAAUACAUACUGACCAUCUCGAUGAGCAACAGGUUCAACUUCUGGCAGAGAUGUGUAUUCUUAUUGAUGAAAAUGACAAUAAAAUUGGGGCUGAGACCAAGAAGAACUGUCACCUGAAUGAAAACAUUGAGAAAGGGCUAUUGCACCGAGCUUUUAGUGUCUUCUUAUUCAAUACUGAAAAUAAGCUCCUGCUACAGCAGAGAUCAGAUGCUAAAAUUACCUUUCCAGGUUGUUUUACCAAUACUUGUUGUAGUCAUCCGUUAAGUAACCCACAAGAACUUGAAGAAAAUGAUGCCAUUGGAGUAAGAAGGGCGGCACAGAGGCGUUUAAAAGCUGAACUAGGAAUUCCUAUGGAAGAGGUUCCUCCAGAAGAAAUAAAUUAUCUAACACGAAUUCACUACAAAGCUCAAUCUGAUGGCAUUUGGGGUGAACAUGAAAUUGAUUACAUUUUAUUUGUGAGAAAGAAUGUAACUUUGAACCCAGAUCCCAAUGAGAUUAAAAGCUAUUGUUACGUGACAAAAGAAGAACUGGAAGAACUUCUGAAAAAAGCAGCCAGUGGUGAAAUUAAGAUAACUCCAUGGUUUCAAAUUAUUGCAGAGACUUUCCUCUUUAAAUGGGGGGAUAACUUAAGUCAUUUGAAUCAGUUUGUUGACCAUGAGAAAAUACAUAGAAUGUGAAUGUACAGAUGAAUGACUGUUGAAUAUUUUCUCUAUGUAGUAAACUUAGAAUGUUUCUGUUUGUUUUAAAUUUGGUUCCCCACUAGAUCUCAUAAGAUACAUUGCUGUUUUUGGCAACCAGAAUUUCUGUGGGAAAAACAGCUGACUUACAAUUUUGCAUUACCUACUGCAUACUCACUGUUACUUAUAAAAGACAUUUAUGAGAUUAGUGUAAAAUGAGAGGGCAGAUAAGAUUUAAUCUGCUCAAAUGUGGUUAUGAGAAAUUGGA